UUCUCGAAGUUUGUGCAAAGCCCUCUCACACUUCGAUAUAAUCCGGCAAACUUCAAUAUACAGGCCGAAAAUACGAAAAGACAACUAAGGGAAGGGGCAAUAUAAAAGGUAGAAAAAUGCCUGCACCCACAGCACUUCAACACUCGGGUGAGCAAAUAGGUCCCGAAAUGCCCAUAGCUGCUCCGUCCGUACCAGUGCAGGAUGAUGAAGUUCUGAUCGACGCUUCAACUUCGCUUGAAACUCGAGGAGCGAAUUCUGCUUCCCCAGCGACCGAAACAGCACAGGAUAAUGAUAUGCGCAUUGAUGAAGAAGGCCGACCAGUGUUCACACCGGCAAAGGAUAGGAACGACACAUAUCGAAUUGAAACACGUAAGGUACCAGUGCCACCGCAUCGUAUGACACCACUCAAGACAUAUUGGUCGAAGAUCUACCCCCCCCUUGUCGAGCACUUGAAAUUGCAGGUUCGGAUGAAUGUCAAAAACCGGGCAGUCGAGCUGCGUACUUCUAAGUUUACGACAGACACGGGAGCAUUACAGAAGGGCGAAGACUUUGUGAAGGCUUUUACUCUCGGAUUUGAUGUCGACGACGCUAUCGCACUGCUGCGAUUAGAUGAUCUGUACAUAUCGUCCUUCGAGAUCAGAGACGUCAAACCACUCAAUGGUGAGCAUAUUAGUCGCGCCAUUGGACGAAUCGCCGGUAAAGAUGGAAAAACCAAAUUUGCAAUUGAGAACGCCAGUAGAACCCGUGUUGUUCUCGCGGAUCAAAAAAUACAUAUUCUUGGUGGAUUCAAGAACAUACACAUUGCAAGGGAAGCCAUCGUUAGCUUAAUCUUGGGUAGUCCUCCAGGCAAGGUUUACGGUAACCUUCGUACGGUGGCCUCACGCAUGAAGGAGCGCUUCUGAUACCCCUAUACUUGAAUAUAGCUUUUCUUCUGUCCCGGCAUGGUACUGGCGUUAUGGGGGAAAGGGAUGAAAUUAGA